AUGGAGCGCACAAUCCCUGACUUCGCCGGACGCUGGGAGAUGAAGAGCUCGGAGAACUUCGAGGAACUCUUGAAAGCUUUGAAUGUGAAUGUGAUGCUGCGUAAGAUCGCGGUGAAGGCAGCCUCCAAGCCACAGGUGGACAUCACACAGAAUGGAGAGACUCUGUCGAUCAUAACCUCGACCACCGUCCGCACCACCCACAUCACCUUCACCGUGGGACAGGAGUUCAACGAGAGCACGGUGGACGGACGCCCCUGCACGAGUUUGCCUCGUUGGGAAACAGACAGUAAGAUCAGCUGUGACCAGACUCUGCUGAAAGGAGAGGGGCCUAAGACAUCCUGGACCCGAGAGCUCACCAAUGAUGGAAAACUGAUCUUGACCAUGAGAGCUGAUGAUGUGAUUUGCACCAGAUUCUACGAGCGACAAUGA